CGUGCCAGCGCGCACACAUAUGUCGGGCGUGUGGGGUUUGUGAAAACACAGUGCCCACCAAAUGUCAGUUGACGUCAGAAGGUCUUGCGAAGAGCGGGCGGUACCAGCGAAUCCGAACGUUAUAUAGUGUAUAUACGGUGUACGGGGUACUGCCCCGGAGAGCGGGCAGAGAGAUCAAGAGAGAGAGAGGGAGAGCGGCGGCCAGCCGACUUUCGAUUGAUAUUUCGGCUGCCGCGCGAGAGCCCCAUGAGUCAGAUUAAUAUUUCGCUUUUGUUCCGAGUCGAGUCGCAGUGGCAGUCGAGUUCGGUGUUCAGAUACAGAUACUCGUUGCCAUCCAGACCGUGCUGAAGCCAAAUACUAAUGUGUGUACUUACGUGUAAAGCAGUUAAGGAAAAUGUGCGAACACACAACCGCAGCGUGGCUGUGGCUGUAGCGAAGAGUGCCAGCCUUAGUCGCAUUUUUCCCCUGCACGACGACUAGAAAAUACUCGACACGUUUGUCUGCCUCUGCCUCUGCCUCUGCCUCUGCUUCUGCCGCUGCUUCUGUUUCUGGCCUAGUGAAAAGCAAGAAUUGAUAUUGUUAAAUGUUGUCAACGUGAUGUUUCUGUAACCGACUAUCUGAACAACCCCACUCCGAAACCGCCGCAUCCGUCGUCCGCACACGCCGAGGUCCACACCAAAAACAUAUUCACGCGCUACUGGGACGACCACAUAAAAAUGAAGGAGCCGUGCGAGGAAAGGUCCAGGGGCAAGGCCGCCUCAGCCACACCAUCGUCAUCAGCAUCGACCUCACCACCUGCCAAACAAACCCAGAGCGUUACGUUCGUGAGGACCAGUAACGCGCCAGCUGGGUGCGACGCCAACGGGAACGGCAAUGGGAAUGGGAAUUCGUCCCAAACGGAGUGGACAUUUCCCCCAAAGGCGCCCACUCCGCACAUCUACAAUUGCCUGACUCCCGACAUGAUGGCCUCAAGUGAUAAAAGCAGCUUUAAGGGAUUUCGCAAGCAGUUCAGUGGACGAUUCAAGCGCCUAGUUACUCGAAAAGUGGAACACACUCCAGUGAUACCUCCAGAAUUGAAGCCGCAACUAAAAACAAUAUACGUUUACUAACUUAAGAUGUAACGACAAUUGCAAGCACAAGUGUUUUCCCCAUUCAAUACGUGCGCCAUCAGUGCGCAUUUAUAUGGCAGGAAACAUUAGUGAUAGGAAAAGCAAGAUAAACUAAGUUAUCAUAAUACCAUUCUGAUUGACAAUUUUAAGUAUUCAGCGAUUCGUGCGUAUUGUUAGGCUCAAUAAAAAGAACAUUUCAUAAGGCAGACGAGGAUUAAUGUGAAUUUGGAAGGAGAGUCGCAGUCACGGGGUUCAUAACAAACAUAUCAAAGGAAUUGAACAGACUAUCAAGUUCGAAUAUCACGUGUUACCGGCUCUAAUACGAAUCUAUGUAAUUGCUUAUUAUUUUUGAUAAGUGCAAAGAACUACCUAUGUUUACAUGUUCAUCAAAUACCAUUAAAGAACUAUUUUAAUUAACUAAACUA